GAAGGCCGCCGGGGGCUCCGUGGGCUGCGGGGGGAGGCACUUGACACCGGCCCGCGGAGAGGAGGGGCCGCUGUCCCUGCGGCCAGUGCUGGAUGCGGGGACCCAGCGCGGAAGCAGCGCAGGCAGAACCAUCAGAAGCCCAACCCACAGGCAGACUGAGACAGCAGCUCAUCAGAAGGCUUGGCUCCAAGAUCUAUGUUUAAGUUUUAACGCUUGCUGACAAAGACCACGAUAAUUCCUUCCCUGAAGCCCAGCUGCCUGGAGCCCUGUGCAGCCCCAGCCUGCCUCCCACCUCACAGCUGCCCGCAAUGCCCUCCAGCGGCCCCGGCGACACCAACAGCUCCGCUGUGGAGCGGGAGGAAGACCGAAAGGAAGGAGAGGAGCAGGAAGAGCCUCGUGGCAAGGAGGAGCGCCAGGAGCCCAGUGCAACGGCCCGGAAGGUGGGGAGGCCUGGCCGGAAGCGCAAGCACCCACCGGUGGAAAGCAGUGACACACCCAAGGACCCUGCAGUGACCUCCAAAUCCCUGUCCAUGGCCCAAGACUCAGGCCCCUCAGAGCUAUUACCCAAUGGGGACUUGGAAAAGCAGCGGAGUGAACCCCAGCCAGAAGAGGGGAGCCCUGCUGCAGGGCAGAAAGGUGGGCCCCCAGCUGAGGGAGAAAGUGCAGCUGAGACCCCACCAGAAGCCUCCAGAGCAGUGGAGAAUGGCUGCUGCACACCCAAGGAGGGUCGAGGAGCCUCUGCUGAAGAGGGCAAAGAACAGAAGGAGACCAACAUCGAAUCCAUGAAAAUGGAGGGCUCCAGAGGCCGAUUGCGAGGUGGCUUGGGCUGGGAGUCCAGCCUCCGCCAGCGACCCAUGCCACGGCUCACCUUCCAGGCAGGGGAUCCAUACUACAUCAGCAAACGCAAGCGGGAUGAGUGGCUGGCACGCUGGAAAAGAGAGGCUGAGAAGAAAGCCAAGGUAAUUGCAGUAAUGAAUGCUGUGGAAGAAAAUCAGGGGUCUGGAGAGUCUCAGAAGGUGGAGGAGGCUAGCCCUCCUGCUGUGCAGCAGCCCACUGACCCUGCAUCCCCUACUGUGGCCACCACACCUGAGCCUGUAGGUGCUGAUGCUGGGGACAAGAAUGCCACCAAAGCAGCUGAUGAUGAGCCUGAGUAUGAGGAUGGCCGGGGCUUUGGCAUUGGGGAGCUGGUAUGGGGGAAACUGCGGGGCUUCUCCUGGUGGCCAGGCCGAAUUGUGUCUUGGUGGAUGACUGGCCGGAGCCGAGCAGCUGAAGGCACCCGCUGGGUCAUGUGGUUUGGAGACGGCAAAUUCUCAGUGGUGUGUGUGGAAAAGCUGAUGCCACUGAGCUCCUUCUGCAGUGCAUUCCACCAGGCCACUUACAACAAGCAGCCCAUGUACCGCAAAGCCAUCUAUGAAGUCUUACAGGUGGCCAGUAGCCGUGCAGGGAAGCUGUUCCCAGCCUGUCAUGAUAGUGACGAGAGUGACACUGCCAAGGCUGUGGAGGUGCAGAACAAGCAGAUGAUUGAAUGGGCCCUUGGGGGGUUCCAGCCUUCUGGUCCCAAGGGCCUGGAACCACCAGAAGAGGAGAAGAAUCCCUACAAGGAAGUUUACACAGACAUGUGGGUUGAGCCUGAGGCAGCUGCCUAUGCCCCACCCCCACCAGCCAAAAAGCCCAGAAAGAGCACAACAGAGAAGCCCAAGGUCAAGGAGAUUAUCGAUGAACGCACAAGAGAGCGGCUGGUGUACGAGGUGAGGCAAAAGUGCCGGAACAUUGAGGACAUUUGCAUCUCAUGCGGGAGCCUCAAUGUCUCUUUGGAGCACCCACUCUUCAUUGGUGGAAUGUGUCAGAACUGCAAGAAUUGCUUCUUGGAGUGUGCAUACCAAUACGAUGAUGAUGGCUAUCAGUCCUAUUGUACCAUCUGCUGUGGGGGGCGUGAAGUGCUCAUGUGCGGGAAUAACAACUGCUGCAGGUGUUUUUGUGUCGAGUGUGUGGAUCUUCUGGUGGGUCCAGGAGCUGCCCAAGCAGCCAUUAAGGAAGACCCCUGGAACUGCUACAUGUGUGGGCAUAAGGGCACCUAUGGGCUGCUACGGCGGCGGGAAGACUGGCCUUCUCGACUGCAGAUGUUCUUCGCCAAUAACCAUGACCAGGAAUUUGACCCUCCAAAGGUUUACCCACCUGUCCCAGCGGAGAAGAGGAAGCCCAUUCGGGUGUUGUCUCUCUUUGAUGGAAUUGCUACAGGACUCCUGGUGCUGAAGGACCUGGGCAUCCAAGUGGAUCGCUACAUUGCCUCGGAGGUGUGUGAAGAUUCAAUCACAGUGGGCAUGGUGCGGCACCAGGGGAAGAUCAUGUACGUCGGGGACGUCCGCAGCGUCACACAGAAGCAUAUCCAGGAGUGGGGCCCAUUCGAUCUGGUGAUUGGGGGCAGCCCCUGCAAUGAUCUCUCCAUCGUCAACCCUGCCCGCAAGGGUCUCUACGAGGGCACUGGCCGGCUGUUCUUUGAGUUCUACCGCCUCCUGCAUGAUGCACGGCCCAAGGAAGGAGAUGAUCGCCCCUUCUUCUGGCUCUUUGAGAAUGUGGUGGCCAUGGGUGUCAGUGACAAGAGGGACAUCUCACGAUUUCUUGAGUCCAACCCUGUGAUGAUUGAUGCCAAAGAAGUGUCAGCUGCACACAGGGCUCGUUACUUCUGGGGUAACCUUCCUGGUAUGAACAGGCCAUUGGCAUCCACUGUGAAUGAUAAGCUGGAACUGCAGGAAUGUCUGGAACAUGGCAGAAUAGCCAAGUUCAGCAAAGUGAGGACCAUUACCACCAGGUCAAACUCCAUAAAGCAGGGCAAAGACCAACAUUUCCCCGUCUUCAUGAAUGAAAAGGAGGACAUCCUUUGGUGCACUGAAAUGGAAAGGGUGUUUGGCUUCCCUGUCCACUACACGGACGUCUCCAACAUGAGCCGCUUGGCGAGGCAGAGACUGCUGGGUCGGUCCUGGAGUGUGCCAGUAAUCCGCCACCUCUUCGCUCCACUGAAGGAAUAUUUUGCUUGUGUGUAAGGGACAUGGGGGCAAACUGAGGUAGUGACACAAAGUUAAACAAAAACAAAACACAAUAAAACACCAAGAACGUGAGGACGGAGAGAAGUAUCAGCACCCAGAAGAGAAAAAGGAAUUUAAAACAAAAACCAGAGGCGGAAAUACCGGAGGGCUUUGCCUUGUGAAAAGGGUUGGACAUCAUCUCCUGAUUUUUCAAUGUUAAUCUUCAGUCCUAUUUAAAAGCUAAAACAGGACCCCUCCCUUUUCACCCCUCUUUUUUUUUUUUUUUUUUUGGUGGGAGGGGGUCAGGUCUUUUGUUUUCUACUCUUUUUAGAGGGGUUUUCUGUUGGAUUUUUUUUUUUUUUUUUUUUGCUGUGACUGAAACAAGAGGGUUAUUGCAGCAAAAAUCAGUAAUAAUAAAGAAAUAGCAAAUACCUUGCAGAGGAAAGGUAGGAGAGAGAAAAAGGAAAUUCUAUAAAAAUUUAUAUAUUUUUUUGUUUUUUUUUAUUAUUAUUAUAUAUCUUUUGUUGUCUCUAGCCUGAUCGGAUAGGAGCACAAGUGAGGACAGAAAGUAGAGACACUCGGGCGGCAGAAUCCCCUCCCAGCCCUCUGAGCAGUCUCACCAGCACCAUUCCUGGUCAUGCGAAACAGAACCCAACUAGCAGCAGGGAGCUGAGAACACCACACAAGACACUUUUCUACAGUAUUUCAGGUGCCUACCACACAGGAAACCUUGAAGAAAAGCAGUUUCUAGAAGCCUCUGUUACCUCUUGUUUACAGUUUAUAUAUAUAUGAUAGAUAUGAGAUAUAUAUAUAAAAGGUACUGUUAACUACUGUACAACCCGACUUCAUAAUGGUGCUUUCAAACAGCGAGAUGAGUAAAAACAUCAGCUUCCACCUGGCCUUCUGUGCAAAGGGUUUCAACACAGCAUGGGGAAGGGGAUUCAGUUUAGAGGGCUCAUGGCCUGGUGGGGUUUCUUUCCCCCAGUUUGGUUCUUAACAAACUGAAGGAGGAGGACUGGGGAAACAAUUCUGUUUCUCCUUGGUAGAAAGGGGGUCUGCUAGGUGGUCAGGACAUAGGGAAGCUGAGCGUGGAAUUCAUCCAGACUCAUGCAAUAACCUUUGAAUAGUCUCUUAAAGAUGACUUCCUUGGCAAGAUGGCAGGGUGUAAGGAGACUUUGUCCCUGAUUUAAUUUCUCAGAUUAGCCAAGUCGAGGGCUCCUUUUGGGAUCAGAAAUCCAGAGUGAGGGAGUGAGACUAAAAUCCCCACCUGGAGCAAAUAAAAAAACAUACAAAAUGUACUGGUGCUUUCCUGUCUAAGUUGCCUUUUGUGUGUUCUUUUAUGAGGCCCCCCCACCAACCUCCCCUCUGCACAAGGCAGCUCUGGGCCCUGGAAUGUGAUGUUUUUGGUCAUCUCCAAAGGCUGCAGUUUUAUACUGGGAGGCUGAUGACACCUUUUAUUAUAAUUAUUCUUAUGGUUCUGGUUAUAAUUAUGUUUGUUUUGAGUUUUUCUUUAAGAAAAUGGAAACCAACACCCUUCCCUUUAGGUUUCAGACUGAGGUGCGGGGAGCGGGUGCUUCUAAGUAGAAGUGGCCCUGCUGCCCUGGCUCUCACCCCUCAGGCCAGGUGGGCCACUGAGUGGUGCAGCAACAAGCGGCCAGGGAGGCCCUAGGCUUGCUCUUCGGGCUGGUCACUCUUCUCUUCUACUUCCCCUCCUCGUGAGUCCGGUGUGUCAGGGCUGGAAAGGGGCCUGAGCAGCCUCUCUCCUUGUGUGUGUGGUUGGAGGGGUGCGUGUUUCUUUUCUAGUGUUUGGUCUGAUAGCUGUGCUCUCACCUUGAGUCGGGCAGCACCUGGGCCACAAGCUCGCACUUUGUUCUGCUUCCUACCCUGGCAGGCAGCCUGGCCAUGGCAGUGGGAAGGGAUGGCGUUGUUGGCUCCAGGGUGAAGGCUCAGUGGGUAGAGCUUGCCUGGAUGGAUGGGGUGUAGAUAUGUGGCAUAUAGAGAUAUAUAUUUUAUAAUGGGAGGGGGGGACAGCACCUCCUGGGUCCAGCAGAGCUGGGAGGUGUGCUGUCAAGCACAUGGUCCCAAGACCGCAUCCCUAGAAAGAUGGGCACUAUAUAGAUACAUAGAUAGGGUCGUGUAUAAGAAAUAUUACAUAGUGGAGGGAGCAGGCUCUGUGCUGCGCCUGGGUCCCUGCCACAGACAGUUCCACGCCAGUCAGUCAGUCAGUGUCACACAUGCACAGGAACCUGUUUGUGUUUGGACGCAUACCUGGUGCACUUAUACCAGGGAGCUCCCAGCACUUCUCCCCAGAGUCAUCAGCCCACGCAGCUGUCACCUCUGUUGCCCUGAUUGCAGGCACAUUUCAUCCAGAAGUUGCUAGGUGCUGACAGCAGGAAAAGGAGGUGCUUCCUCUAAGCAGGUCGUGUUCUACCCCUCGUGCCCCUGGUGAUGUCAGAGAUUCUUCUGUUAGCAACCUGUGAUACUGACCUGCAACUCUAGGCACCAGUCAAGUCAGCCCUCAACUCCCCCUACCUAUUCUCCCAACCAAAACCAAAUUGGCAUCUGUUUGUUUUGGCCACAGGGUUUCCAUUAGGAAAAAGAAAUUUUAAAAAAUGGGACAGUGAAUUUUACCUUUUGAAUGAAGCAAAUUAGCAAUUGGUGACAAAACUAAACCAAGGCUUUGAAUCCCUUGCUCAUUGCUCAGGAGUAAGCUUACAGCUGGGGUUGUGUAGUCCCGGCACCCUCUGCUCAUUUCCUCUGGAUAGACCACACUCAGUUGGCCCAUCAUGAUGGCAGGUAGUGAUUCUGGGCCUGGAGCCUCCCCUUCAUCAGAGUACCCUGCUCCAGCCAGGAGGGCUCCAUUCUGGCCUGGAGCCCACCAAUACCAUUCAGGAGGGUUUGGGGGAGGAGGGCUGCCUUAGGCAGUCCAAGGUGCUCCCUCCCCCACUGACCAACACCAGGCUCUUCCCAGUUCCCGGUGUCUGGACAGCCUUCAUGGGCCCUCUUCCAGUAUUUCAGGCUUACUUAUUAGAAGGAAGUUAGCUUUCUCACCUUUCUUAGCUGGCUUGAUGCUCCAGGCCCCUGGAGUUGAUGGAGGAGAGGCUCAGGAAGAGGGCCUCACAGCCAAGGAUGUGAUAGACCCAAGGCACUAGCAUGGGCUGGCUAGACAGGGUGAUGGAUGGAUACAGAGGCCUAGCAGCUGACUGCUCAGCCACCAUUCUGCUCUAGUGACCUGGCAGGGCUUACAGAAUGAAUUCCUUAUGGGUCUUUAGACCUCAUACUGGUAUAGAAGUUUCCAGCCCAAUCUAUGGGCUUAGUCUCAGCAGAACUUGGUAGAACAUCAUGUAGGCCAAACUGGCAUGCCCUUCAUCGCGGUCUGGAUAGGGCUUCAAGGAGUAGGGGAACUGUUGGAGGGCUUUGGCAGUUAAGAUGGGAGGAUUAGGCAUGGCAUCUGGGAACUCAUUGUAGCUGAGGCCAACACUAGAAGCAAAGGGAAGAUCCCCAAAGGAAAGUAGUUUUCUAUGGAAGUCAAUGCUGGGGAUAGAACCAUGGUGUAGGUGCCAUGCAGAGCCCUGUGCCAAAGAUCUGUGGCUUUUUCCCUGGGGAGGUAGUGCCAGGACCACAGAGUCUCCACCUCUUGCUGUGGAGGUGCUAUGCCAGAAGGGUCCCAAGCUGGCAGGUGCUAACUCCUUUCCAUGGGACCCUAACAGCAAGUGAGUGUGAGAGUGGGUAUUGCAAUUGGGUAUUUCUGUUUCUGACCUUGCUAUUGGAUACCAUAUUAGAAACCAAACGUUCCCAGAGAGCUCUUGGACUCAAGUUUUGCAAUAGGACUGGAAAUCAGUGGCAGGCCUCAGAGAUGCCUGUGUGGCUUUUGGCAAAGGGCUACGGUAUAGACUGGACAUGCAGAGCCAGUAGGAAGGAAGGCGGUAAGGGUCUGACAGGACCCCACCUCCCAGUUAGCUGUUCCCCAGUGUGUGUCUGCUCUAGAGGAGCUCUGGGGAUACCCUACCAUCAGGAGCUGGAGUAGUGUGGCUGAGCCACCUAGAGGUGUUUGUUCUAAUAGGAAAACUGCAAUUAUUGGUUUCCAUGUUUUUAUUAUUACUAUUACAAAGUGUGUACUCAAGAGUAGAGCUCAAAUUCCUGCCACCAUCUGGCUUGAUAGGGAGUUGGUAUGUGUGGUAUGCUAAGUGCUAGAGCUAAGUGACUGUCUGGUGCUCACCUUGUGUGCUUUGUCCUGGAGAGUGACAGAGCUGAGGUACUUGUGACAGUUGUUCCAGAUAGGGUCAUGUUUUGAUUCUGGUGGUGAAUGGUCUUAUGUUUGUCAUCUGCAUGCUCCCAGUGCUUGUGAUUAUAGGUGGCAGUACUGACUUGUUCCGCUAUUCAGGGAGCAGAAGCACCUCUGGAUGGAAAAGGCUGCUGUGGGAUAAUGUGGCCCUUCUGGCCGCUACCUGCCCAGUAGGCAUCACACAAGGGGCAGGGACCUCCUUACCAGGCCCUGGGCUAGAAUGGGAAAAUGGAAAGCUCUUUGAUAGCAGGGACUUGCCAAUUUCCCCAGGGGAUCCCUAAGACCCCAGAGACUACAAACUCCCCAGAAUCUGUUCCACUUAGGAACAAAAAGGGUAGCUUCCCAAACCCCACCUGGUGGCCUCCAGCAUGUUCCUGAGGACAUGAGCAGUGGUCUAAAAUGUCACUGUAGUCCCAUUUUACUUUACAGAGCAAUUUGGUUGUGUAACUCUAGAAUUCAACCGACAAUAAAAAUGCUGAAAUUUCCUUAGAAUAUGCAGAGGGAGGAGGUGACUCAACAAGGUGCUAAAACAUUUUAUUAAAAAUAUAUAUUGUUAAAUUAAGUCUGCUGUCUGGACAAUGACUGUUUGUUUUGUUUUCUUGUAGUGGAGUUUAAAAGAGACUAUUAUUUUACUCUGAUAUAUUAUUAUUAAAAAGGCAUUUUAACUUUGUACUUGAAAACUAAGUGAGCGAUUUCACGUGUUUUAGCUGAGGCAUCGAAGUAGCGGGUGCUUACUUAUUUGUGGGAAAUCAUGUAUUCAUACUGAAGAAUAAACUCCGUAGCUGAUUUGGUAAUAACUUUUACUGUUACAGACGAUUUUGCUUUGACCCCGGUGGCAGAGCACUUUUACUCCACAUUCCACGCAGCUAAAUGCAGGACUUGCCUGACUUCUCCCCAGCCCUCUUUCCUUUAAGUUACUCUUUCUUUUUAUUUUCUUUUUUUGUUUGUUUGUUUGUUUGUUUGUUCUUCCCGGUUCCAGCAUCCUUCCACCACUGUAAUUUUUUUAGGGUUGCUUCUCUAUUUAUUGACAAUAAUAAUGUACAUUUCACAGUCCGGUUCUGGGACAGCCAGGAGGGACACAUGGGGGGCUCUGCAUGGUCUCACCGUGCCACCUGGCGUUCUGUUGUAUCUCUGUGUACGUGAUGCUCGUGACAUAGCUGUUUAUGAAAUAAUUAAAGAGGUCAAUGCGUACAGCAGAUGUAGAAAGUCUGUCAGUUCCGCUUUCAUCACAUUUUUUUGUGCCCAGAAGAAUAUAAUAAAGCUCCUUUCUAAUGUACUUGUGCUGGAGAACACUUGAAUAAAUGGACUGUUUUCGUGCAAAAAGAAAAAUGGAAAAAGCA